AUGGAAGUUGUGGGCUGCAAGGCAGAGGCAGGCAGUUGCACGUUGCGUCCAGGACCGGGAGCCAUGCUUUUCCACGGGAUCUCCGGGGAUCACAUCCAAGGAAUCAUGGAGGAGAUGGAGAGGAGAUCGAAAACGGACUCGCGCCUCGCGAAGGGGAUGCAGCUCAACGGUAGAGAAUCGACCAUGCCUUCUAUGAGCCCGGAGAAGCCUGCUCUGUGCGCCGGCUGCGGGGGCAAGAUCUCGGACAGGUAUUACCUGCUGGCCGUGGACAAGCAGUGGCAUCUGCGCUGUCUCAAAUGCUGUGAAUGUAAAUUAGCCUUAGAGUCGGAGCUAACGUGCUUCGCCAAGGACGGGAGUAUCUACUGCAAGGAGGACUACUACAGAAGGUUCUCCGUGCAGAGGUGCGCUCGCUGCCAUCUCGGGAUAUCCGCCUCGGAGAUGGUGAUGCGGGCCCGGGACUCCGUCUACCACCUGAGCUGCUUCACGUGCACGACGUGCAACAAGACACUGACCACAGGCGACCACUUCGGCAUGAAGGACAACCUGGUGUACUGCCGGGUCCACUUCGAGACCCUGGUCCAAGACGACUACCACCCACAGCUCAACUACGCCGAGAUGGCGGCCAAAGGCGGAGGCCUGACCCUGCCUUACUUCAACGGCACCGGCACGGCCCAGAAGGGGAGGCCGCGCAAGAGGAAGAGCCCGGCGAUGGGGAUCGAUAUAGCGAGCUAUAACACAGAACUCAGUUGUAACGAGAACGACGCCGAUCAUCUGGACCGGGACCAGCAGGCCUACCCGCCCUCGCAGAAGACCAAGCGCAUGCGCACUUCCUUCAAGCACCAUCAGCUGCGGACCAUGAAAUCUUACUUCGCCAUCAAUCACAAUCCCGACGCCAAGGACCUGAAGCAGCUGGCGCAGAAAACAGGCCUCACCAAGCGAGUUUUACAGGUUUGGUUCCAAAACGCAAGAGCCAAAUUCAGAAGGAACGUUUUGCGACAGGAGAAUGGAGGUGUUGAUAAGGCUGAUGGCGCCUCUCUCCCUCCGCCCUCAUCCGACAGUGGGGCGCUGACCCCGCCCUCCAGCGCCGCCACGCUAACAGACCUGACAAACCCCUCUAUCACUGUAGUGACCUCGGUCACCUCUAGCUUGGACAGCCAUGACUCGGGGAGCCCUUCGCAAACUACCUUGACAAACCUUUUCUAA